AUGAGGUUCCUUUCUGCAUGCGCAAUCGCGUUCCUGGCACUUCAGUCCGCUGCUGUUGUUGUCGUGGACCGUAAGCUGGGAGGAUUCACCGUCAUUGAGCAUCCGGAUCCUGCAAAGCGUGAUUUGCUUCAAGAUAUUGUAAAAUGGGACAAUGAAUCUCUGUUCAUCAAUGGAGAAAGGAUCAUGAUAUUUAGCGCUGAAUUCCAUCCGUUUCGCUUGCCCGUUCCGUCACUAUGGCUCGAUAUUUUCCAGAAUAUCAAAGCCCUCGGUUUCAAUUGUGUCUCUUUCUAUACCAACUGGGCCUUGACCGGGGGAAAACCUGGUGAAUACACAGCCGAGGGCAUCUUCGCCUGGGAACCAUUCUUUGAGGCGGCCACCGAAGCUGGGAUAUAUCUCUUGCUCGACCUGGCCCAUGCAUCAACGCAGAAGUGUCUGGUGGGGGUUUUCCUGGCUGGCUACAACGCUUAUAUCGCCCAUAUUGCGUCACCAGUGGCCAAAGCGCAAAUCACGAACGGGGGACCAGUGAUAUUAUACCAGCCAGAAAAUGAGCAUACACUCUCCCUGCGCAUCCAUGAUUUUCCCGACGGGGAUUAUAUGCAAUACGUAAUUGAUCAAGCCAGAAAGGCUGGGAUCGUGGUGCCCAUGAUUAGCAACGAUGCAUGGGCUGCUGGUAACAACGCUCCUGGGACAGGGAAGGGUGAGGUUGACAUCUACGGCCACGAUAAAUAUCCGCCAAUCCCGACUUCUAGCCUCCUAGAUUUUUGUCCACCCAUUGGCGGCAGCUCCACCUCAUCCAAAGUCCCAUCACACCUUACGCCCUUGUCGAGGGCCAUCCAGGAGGCUACACAUCAUACGACUACGGGGCUCCUAUAUCUGAAAGACCGCAACAUCACCCGCGAAAAAUAUGGCGAACUUAGGCUGAUUGGCAACUUUAUGAAAGCGUCACCUUCCUUCAUGAAUGCCGUUCCUGGCCAUUGGUCUAUUUCAAAGUUUACGACCACACCAACAUUAACAGUCACCUCACUGAUCGGAAGGUUGUCCGAUUCGUCCUUUUUUGUAUUAAGGCAUUCCGAAUACAGCUCAAAAGCUUCAACGAACUACAAAUUGAAGCUCCCAACAAGUGUUGGGCGCUUGAUCAUGCCCCAACUAAACGGCACUUUGACACUAAAUGGCAGAGAUUCUAAAAUCUACGUUACAGACUACGACGUCGCGGGAACUAAAUAUUUUCUACUCGACUGCCGAGAUAUUCACAUGGAAGAAGUUUGGGGACCGCAAGGUCUUCUGGUUGAAGGACCCUCGCAUGAUAUGACAAUCAAGAAAGUGGAUGAUUAUGUUGUUCUUAACUGGGAGACGAUGCGGGAACGCCGCAUUGUGGAUAUUGGCGAUCUGUCUGUUUUCAUACUCGUGCGGACUGCUUUCGUUCGUGGAAGUGAACUUCAUAUUACCGCAGAUUUUAACACCACCACGCCAAUUGAGAUCAUCGGUGCUCCAAAAAACACUAGCACACUGCAUAUCAAUGGAGAAAAAGUCGUACAUAAAACCACCUCAAUUGAAUAUGUGGCUCUGAAAAUUGACCUCCCAGACUUGGAGAGCCUGGAAUGGAAGUACAUCGAUUCGCUACCGGAGCUCCAGGAGGAUUAUGACGAUUCGUUAUGGACUGUUGCUGAUCAUAAGAAGACCAAUAAUACCUUGCGCCCACUUACGACCCCGACUUCCCUGCAUGCCUCGGACUAUGGCUACCAUACGGGCUACCUCGUCUAUCGAGGACACUUCGUCGCCAGUGGAAUUGAGACGGGCAUCUCCUUUGAGACGCAAGGCGGUUUUGGGUUUGGGAAUUCAGCAUGGCUCAAUGGGAGUCACAUUGGAUCCUGGAAGGGCAAGAGCUAUCUUGGGAGCAAGCAGCACCAACAUAUAUUCCUUCCCCAAACUGAAAGCCGGUGA